AUGGGUCUCUUCAAUCGCCUGGGGCUGGCCGACACUCCUACAGAGGUCUUUAAUCGUCGGCUGUUUUGGUCUGUUGGGGUCUUCGGUAUCCUUGGAGCGGGUAGGGGAAUCGAUGAGGGUCUUGUCGGUGGCAUGAUAACAAUGCGAAGCUUCAAAGAUGAGUUUCCAUUGAAUGUAGGCUCCGCUGAAGAGAUCGCCAACCGCGAAUCCAAUAUCACAAGUAUGCUACAACUGGGUUCUAUCGGCGGUGCGUUACUGGCGUUUCUUCUGUGUGAUCGAAUUGGCCGUGUGAGAUCACUUCAGGCUCUCACUCUGCUUUGGGGCAUCGGCUUCGUGAUUGUCAUUACUAGCUUUGGCAACAUUGGGCAAAUUCUUGCCGGCCGCUUUUUGGCUGGUCUCGGAGUUGGUAUGACUACUGUUGUUGGUCCCACCUAUCUGGCAGAGGUUGCUCCAAAGAUGAUCCGCGGUAUGUUGACGAAUAUCUUUGCUGGUGCUGUGUACUUUGGCGUUAUGGUUGCCUACUUCGCGAACUGGGGCUGCUCGGAGAAUAUUGCGGAUUCUUCGCGUUCUCAGUGGGUGAUUCCACAAUCAAUUCAUAUCAUGUUUGCAGGAGUUAUUUUCCUUGCAUCUUGGACCGUUCCGGAGAGUCCUCGUUUCCUUGUAAUGAAGGGGAAAGAUGAAGAGGCUCUUGCAAAUCUUUGUGCCCUGCGCCAACUCGAUAUGAAUCAUCCUAGUAUCAGUUCUGAAAUCCUCGAUAUCCGUGAUCAACUGGAAAGGGAGCAAGAAAGCACCCGAGGCUCCUCAUUCUACGGCAAACUAAAGGAGCUCUUUACCGUCCCAGCAAAUCGCUAUCGUUUAAUGCUGGGAGUGAUGUCGCAACUACUGGGACAAUGGUCUGGUGCAUCAGCAAUCACCAUCUACGCCACCAGCUUCUUCGCUGCACUUGGAAAAACUGGUAGAAGCGAGCAGCUUUUUGCUACUUGCAUCCUUGGUGUUGUGAAGUUCUGCUCGGCGUAUCUUUGCGCAUUCUUCCUCGUUGACUUUUUUGGUCGUCGUCGCUCCCUAUACACGGGGAUCAUGCUGCAGACUGUUUCAAUCUGUUACAUCGCCAUAUAUCUGGCCAAGGUCCCAGCUUCAGCUCAUGUUGAUGAUACGGGUGGUAUAACUGGGUCUGCUAAACGAGCAGGCAUUGGUGCAAUCGCCGCGAUUUACCUUUCUGGGUUUGGCUGGGCAAUGGGCUGGAACUCUUUCCAAUAUUUGGUGAACGCGGAGAUAUAUCCGAGUCGGCUGCGUGCCAUUGGUUCCUCUCUCGUUAUGUGCAUCCAUUUCGCUAAUCAAUUUGGCAAUACCAAGGCUGUUCCCAGUAUGGUUAUUGCUAUGACAAAUUACGGCUUCUUCUUCUUUUGCACUGCAGUUUGCGUCCUGGGUCUCUUGUGGGUUUGGUUUUUCGUUCCCGAGACUGCUGGAAGGAGUCUUGAGUCCAUGGAUGCAUUGUUCGCUUUACCUUGGCAUCAAAUUGGUCGCCAUGGAAAAGACCUUUCUCCUGCUGGAACUGAUCAUGUUGAAGAUGAUCUGGAGAAACCCACCAUGGUUCAUCGUGAAUAA